GGAGGCACACCGAGGUGCAUCCGACCUGGCGGCGUCCCUUCUACCCUCCUUGACAUCCUGUGGCUUCAGAUCGGAGAAGUCAAAUUUGGAGACCCACAGAGGACUCUACUCAAAACUACCAAACCCCGGCUGCUCUUCUCCAGCCCCUGUGGCCAGCUCAGGGCAGGCACCUGUGCCCUAAGCCACUGAACCUUGCAGCAUCCCUGGGCAUCUGCCUCCUGCUCUAUACCACUCCACCACACCCGCGGGUUCAGUUUGCCUCUCUUCCCAAACCGCCAAGACUUCAGAACCCAACACCACCUCCAAAACACUUUACCCCUUCCAGUGCCUGCUCCUCCUCGUGACUCAAGUGUCUCCUGCUACUAUGAGCUGUCCCAUUGACAAAAGGCGUUCUCUGAUCGCCUUCCUGAGCCGGCUGCGGGACCUUGGGCAGCCCCCUAGAGGGGUGACAUCCAAGGCGUACGCUUCCCGCGAGCCAAAAGAGGUGCCCCUCUGCCCGCUGGUGACAGGUGGUGAGAGUCGGGACGCCACCUCCCUGCCUGGACCAACCAACUGGCCACUGCUAGGCAAUCUACUGGAGAUUCUUUGGAAAGGCGGCCUGAAGAAACAGCAUGACACUCUGGUUGAGUACCACAAGAAGUACGGCCAGAUUUUCCGGAUGAAGCUGGGCUCCUUUGACUCGGUGCACCUGGGCUCGCCGAGCCUGCUAGAAGCUCUAUACCGGACGGAGAGCGCGCAUCCCCAAAGACUGGAGAUCAAACCCUGGAAAGCCUAUCGGGACCACCGCAACGAGGGCUACGGGCUUCUGAUCCUGGAAGGAAGAGAUUGGCAGAGGAUCCGCAGCGCCUUCCAAAAGAAACUGAUGAAGCCGGUGGAGAUCAUGAAACUGGACAAUAAAAUCAAUGAGGUCUUGGCUGAUUUUAUGGGGAGAAUAGAUGAGCUGUGUGACGAAGGAGGCCGCAUCAAAGACUUGUACAGUGAGCUGAACAAAUGGUCCUUUGAAAGCAUCUGCCUUGUAUUAUACGAGAAGAGAUUUGGGCUCCUCCAGGAGAAUGCUGAGGAAGAAGCUCUGACCUUCAUCACGGCCAUCAAGACGAUGAUGAGCACGUUUGGGAAGAUGAUGGUGACCCCCGUGGAGCUGCACAAGAGCCUCAACACCAAAGUGUGGCAGGCGCACACUCUGGCCUGGGACACCAUUUUCAAAUCAGUAAAGCCUUGCAUCGACAACCGCUUGGAGAAAUAUUCCCAGCAGCCUGGCGCAGAUUUCCUUUGCGACAUUUACCACCGCAAUCAUCUUUCCAAGAAAGAACUGUACGCGGCUGUCACGGAGCUCCAGCUGGCUGCGGUGGAGACGACAGCGAACAGCUUGCUGUGGGUUCUCUACAAUCUAUCCCGGAAUCCCCAUGUGCAAGAAAGACUUCUUCUGGAAAUCCAGAGCGUGUUGCCCGGAAACCAGACGCCCCGGGCGGAAGAUGUGAGGAAUAUGCCCUACUUAAAGGCCUGUCUAAAAGAAUCCAUGAGGCUUACCCCAAGUGUGCCGUUUACAACUCGGACUCUCGACAAGCCGACGGUUCUGGGUGACUACGCUUUGCCCAAAGGAACGGUGUUAAUGCUAAAUACCCAGGUGCUGGGCUCCAGUGAAGACAACUUUGAAGAUUCCAGUCAGUUUAAACCUGAACGCUGGCUUCAAAAGGAGAGAAAGAUCAAUCCCUUUGCCCACCUCCCCUUUGGCCUUGGGAAGAGGAUGUGCAUUGGGCGUCGACUGGCUGAGCUGCAGCUCCACUUGGCUCUUUGCUGGAUCAUCCAUAAAUAUAAGAUUGUGGCUACGGACAAUGAACCUGUCGAGAUGCUGCAUCUCGGCAUCCUGGUACCCAACCGGGAACUGCCCAUUGCAUUCUGCCCACGGUAGGAUGCUAAG